AUGGCGCCUACCACUUUCAAUCCACGCCUCACUGCCCUCGACUUCGAUUCCAAUCGCAGACGAAGACGUCGAUCGCAUGGCUCUCGUCCCGCCAUUGGGGAUGAUGACUUUGAUUUCAUGGGCCAGGUCGCCGAAGGUAUCAUCGAACGGGAUCGCAUCAGGAUGCGCAGGGAGGUCACGCGAGUGUUGAGCUUCGUCUGCGCCAUUCUCAGUUGCCUAUGUGCCGGCUCCAUUACCUCGUUCUCUCUCUACGGUUCGCGAUUCUUGAAGGAUUUGCAUUACACUCAAUUUCGAGUUAAUGCUGUAUCGAUAACUGCUGAAUUGGCCAUGUAUCUGCCCGUCCCAUUCUUUGGCUACCUUUGCGAUCGAUAUUCGCCUCCACCACUAUCUUUCCUCUCGUCCAUUCUCUUUGGCGCCGGGUAUCUUCUGGCCGCAUACACAUAUAAAGCGGGACCGCCUCCGGACGUUACAAGACAGGAGCACGGAUGGCCAUUUGGGAUUAUGGUACUGGCAUUUAUUGGAGUUGGCGCGGGGACAAGUUGUAUGUAUCUGUCUGCCGUUGCCACCUGUGCAAAAAACUUUUCAAAAUCGAAAUAUCGCGGCUUCAUGCUGGCGGUCCCAAUCGCCGCAUUUGGUCUUAGUGGAAUGUGGGAGAGUCAGGUUGGAGCCCAUCUCCUAUAUCAGAAAUUACCCAACGGACACAAGGGUGAAGUCGAUGUCUUCAAAUAUUUUAUCUUCCUCGCGGGAACGUUGAUUGGAGUUGGUCUCCUCGGGACACUUGGAUUGCAAAUCGUCGACGAAGAAGAGCUCAUCGACCACGGCGUUGAGGCUCUCGAGCAAAGCGGUCUUUUGGACGAGAGCGAAUUCUACCGCGAUUCUCGUGCCCCAACACCCAUCAACUACGGAAGCAUUGACAAUGCUGAUCAUUCUGGGUCAGGCACUGCUACAGACUCUGGUAUGGAUUCGGAGAACGAAAUGGACCUUUCUGAAUCCCAACUUCUCAAGAAACGUGAGCAGGAACACCGGUUACGAAAGAAGAAAUGGUGGCUCUUGAACCACGCUACUCACACUUUUCUCACCGAUCGGACCAUGUGGCUUUUGGCAGCCGGAUUCUUCCUCGUCACCGGGCCCGGCGAAGCAUAUAUCAACAACCUCGGCACUAUCAUUCCAACUCUCACACCGAAGAACUAUUUCGACCUCACGAGCCCGCCAGCCGGCCACGCUUCGACACAUGUGAGCAUCGUCGCAUUGGCAUCCACGGCCGCGCGCCUCUUCACGGGGACAUUAUCUGACCUAUUCGCACCACCUUCCCAGCCUGAGAACCCACCAUCCAGACGUGUCCACUUCUCACGCCUAGUCCUUCUUCUCCCCUCAGCAUUCCUCCUGCUCCUGGCCUUCCUGAACCUCGCGCUCCCAUUCCUCACGCCGACAACACCAAGCUUGUUCCUUUUGUCAUCGGCACUACUCGGACUCGGCUAUGGUGCAUCUUUCUCUCUAGUCCCCAUUAUCAUUUCUGUGGUCUGGGACGUCGAGAAUUUUGCGACAAACUGGGGCGUCGUGGCCAUGAUGCCCGCCGGCGGUGCUGCUGUCUGGAGUCUCGUUUACUCCGCGGGAUACUCUCGUGCCGCGCUCGGUCGUGACCAUGAUGGAGGUAUUGGAAUCGGACCGGACCCUGGCCUCGAUGAAGGCGAGUGCAGAGGCUACGCAUGCUUCGCCGGCUGGGCUUGGGGCUGCGCCGCCAGUGUCGCGGUCGCUAUUGUCCUGUGGUGCUUUGCGUGGAGAGUCUGGAGGAAGAGAAACGUCGUCGUGUAG